AGUACCGGCGUCCGCGUUCCCGGCCGGAGGGAGCCGGAGCCGCACCAUGGCGGCACCCUCGCGGGUUUUCGCCUUCCGCGACGUGCGCUGGGCCCCGGACCCGGUGCUGGAGCCGGGCCCGGCUGUGCGGACGCCACAGCCGGUGCCGCUGGUGAUCGACAACGGCUCCUUCCAGACGCGGGCAGGCUGGGCCUGCGCCGACCCCGCCGUCCCCGCCGAGCCGCUGCUGCGGUUCCGCUCGCUGGCAGCGCGCAACCGCGGGGCCCGCGGCGGGGCCGGCGCCGAGACGCAGGUGGGCAACGACCUGGGGAGCCCCGAGCCCCUGCGCUGGCUGCUCCGCUCGCCCUUCGACCGCAACGUGCCCGUGCAGCUGGAGCUGCAGGAGCUGCUCCUCGACCACGUCUUCCAGCGCCUCGGCGUCAGCUCGCAGGGUUGUGUGGAUCAUCCAAUCGUUCUGACAGAAGCAGUAUGCAAUCCUCUCUAUUCAAGACAAAUGAUUUCAGAGCUCCUCUUCGAAUGUUACCAAGUGCCAAAAGUGUCCUAUGGCAUAGAUAGCUUGUACAGUUUUUACCACAACAGAAGGCAGAGCUGGCCCUGCAGUGGUUUGGUGAUAUCUUCAGGUUAUCAGUGUACGCACAUUUUGCCAGUCUUGGAAGGCAGACUGGAUGCUAAAAACUGCAAACGUAUUAAUCUUGGAGGGUGUCAAGCAGCUGUGUAUCUCCAACGACUCCUUCAGCUGAAAUACCCAGGGCAUUUUGCUGCCAUCACUCUCAGUCGCAUGGAGGAAAUACUGCACGAGCAUAGCUAUGUUGCAGAGGACUAUAUAGAAGAGCUACAGAAGUGGCAGUCCCCAGAGUACUAUGAGAACAACAUGCACAAGAUGCAGCUGCCUUUCUCUAACAAACUGCUGGGGAGCACUCUGACAUCGGAGGAAAAGCAGGAGAGGCGGCAGCAGCAAUUACGUAGACUUCAAGAACUCAAUGCACGUCGUCGAGAAGAGAAGCUACAACUUGACCAAGAGAGGCUGGACAGGUUACUCUAUGUACAGGAACUUUUAGAAGAUGGUCAAAUGGAUCAAUUCCACAAAGCUUUGGUGGAGCUGAACAUGGACUCUGCGGAAGAACUUCAGUCUUACAUCAACAAAUUGAGUCUGUCUGUUGAACAAACCAAGCAGAAAAUCCUACAGGCAGAAGUCAAUAUUGAAGUAGAUGUUGUGGACAGCAAGCCAGAGACUCCCGAUUUGGAUCCAUUAGGCAGUGAGCAGUCACUGGAGGAUGUGGAAAGUAUUAAUGAGUUUGAACCUUUAUUUGCUGAGGAACAGCCUGAAGUUGAGAAGCCUGUUGCUGCAGUGCAGCCCGUGUUUAACCUGGCAGAGUACCACCAGCUUUUCCUUGGCACUGAAAGAAUCAGGGCUCCAGAGAUUGUUUUCCAGCCUUCCCUGAUAGGAGAAGACCAGGCUGGUAUAGCAGAAACCAUGCAGUAUGUCCUUGAGAGGUAUCCAAAGGAACAACAAGCUAUUCUUGUCCAGAAUGUUUUUCUCACUGGUGGAAAUACAAUGUACCCUGGACUGAAAGCCAGAGUCCAGAAGGAACUCCUUGAAAUGAGACCAUUCCAGUCAUCUUUUCAGGUUUACCUUGCUUCCAGUCCUGUUUUAGAUGCCUGGUAUGGGGCUAGGGAUUGGGCAGUGGAAUAUAUGACCCGCGAUGAAGGCUGGAUAACCAGAAAAGACUAUGAAGAAAAAGGGGGAGAAUACCUCAAGGAACACUGUGCUUCAAAUGUCUAUGUGCCCAUUCGCCUUCCAAAGCAGGCCCCACGGACAACAGAGGCAUUAGCACCUAGCAGAGUGCUGACAUCCAGCACAGGCAAUCCCUGUGAGCAGGCCUAGCACCAUGCCUUGGUCACGGACCCUUGGAUGGAGAUAACAGCACAGGGAAGAGGAGUUACUGGUGUGCAGCAUGAGCUGGCGUGGAGCACAGGCCUCAGCUGCUCAGAGAGCCCCAGGCAUCCCAUCCGGUCCCUUGGACAAGGAGGACAAGCCACACUGGGACGUCAGCUGCAUGGUCCUGGCACUUGGAAUGCUCAGCACAGAGCAUGUGAGUACGCACCAGCAAGGAGGAACACCACAGAAGUGCAUUCCAGAGAAAAACACCAUCUGAGGAACUUUCACAGCAAGACUCAAGGGGUUUUUUAAGAGUCUAUUUUACAGCUUUUUUUAUUCAAUUAAAAUGUUCUGGUUUUAUACUGCUUUCAUUGCAUGAUCCAGAAGCUGCACUCGUCUCAAGCGGUCAGCCCAGCAGGCACCCCCCGCACCCGUCCCAGUGGGUGUUUGUCAGGACACAUUGUGCUGCUGGAGGCUGGCAGGGCUGAGCUGUGCCUUCCCCUCUGAGGCCGCCUGCACUCCUGUCUGCUUCGAUUUCCUGCCUGCUACACGCUUUCUGCUAAACCACCACCGAAUCAGCAGUGAGAUUUCAGAUACUUUUGACUUAAAUUAAGUCAGUUAUAUUGAUACCUUGGUUGAAACUGUAGAGCUCUGGUCACAUGAAGCACUGUCCAGCCGUAAUGACAGGAUGCUCCAUAAGGUGCAGGCCAAGUGCAGUCAGUCAUUAAGUGGUUUUACAGGGGUGGUGGCUAAGCAAGACGGUUCUUGACUGAUGGGACUGUUAGAUCAAAAUUUGCCUUUGCUUUACCACUAACUUAUGUGUUUCGGUGAUUUAACCUCUUUAAAGACCACAGCAAUAAGGAUGUGUUUGAUAGGUUGUACCUUGCAGGUUUACGGCCAGGCCUCUGUCCUGCUGCACAACAUACUCUAGCUUAAAUUUGCCUGACGAUUCAUUUGUUGCACUGAACAACUUGCUUGCUUUCCCAAAAUAAUAAUCAGUGCCAAAUGGUGAGCUGAAAUCUGAGCAGACUCUAUCACUCUGGCAAAAGCUGUAAACUGUUAGGCUGGGAAAGGUAAGACCAUGGGGAAAAUAUCCAGACCAUAACUGUAUAAAAAAGGUGAAGAGGUGGUGGCUUACUGUCCCCAAGGGCUGCAGAGCAUCAACAUAAGUUGUCUCUGAGAUGGGAUAGAGGUCUUGGUGGAUGUCUGCUCUGGUCGUAACAGGCUGCUGAACAGGGGCAGAGGAGGAGAAGGCAGCUUGCUACCUUCAGGUAACCUUAAACUUGGACUAAUGAGCCUGCAUGGAGGCAUACUAACCUUCAGGACUGUUAAGGCAAUUCUAUGGGUAGUAAAGAAUGUGGAAAAACAUGUUGUGCUGAAACACCAGCAUGUCUUUUCUAAUACCAGCUCGUAUCAGUGGCCUGGAGUAUGUGAUAUCCCGUUGCUGUUUGACCCCUUUCUGACACAUCUUUAACUAUUGCUACAAGUGGCUACUUAGGAUACAGAAACCUGGAUUCUUGGUGUUGGUUACUGAAUAGAUCAGAGGGUGUUGUGCGUAAAUCUUUUCCAAAAUGAAGGCCUAAAAGGGCAUCUGUAGCAGAUGGUUAUAUUACUUUUAAAUGUUUAGCCAAAUUGUGCCAACCACUUCACUUGCAUUAACUCAAAGCAGAGCUGUAUAGUUCUGUACAGAGAUGCCGGAUCAGCUGCUUAAACAGCUUCAAGGAAGCAUAAUUUUAUAAUCUCCUAAGUAUUAGCUGUUAAUUUGUUACUUUAUCACCACAAUAGCUGGAGUAACUAAUGAACUUGGACAAUGUCAUCAGUCACAGGCUGUUCUGAAGGAGCUGGUGGGCAUUCAGUUCCUUGGAUUAGCACCAUGAGAAGUGUGAAUGUUGCAGGAUUAAUUUUAGCCAUUUUAGCCAGGUGAUGGUAGGACUGCUGUUGGGUGAGCUGCUGUGCAGGCAGCUCCAGAACCUGUGGUGUGUUUAUCCUGGCUGGUGUCCUGCAAGCUGCAAAGUACAGUGGCCAGUUCAGAGGUGGUCAAGUGGUUCCUGUUUGAGCCUCAGUAUGUUAAGUUCAAAGCAACUUGUAACCUUAUUAUACAAUUCAGUUAUCACCUAAUUCAGGUCAAAGAAUACAAAAGUACAAGUUUCAGUUUAACAGCUGUGAUGAGCUUGGUCUAUUUAUUGUAAAAGAGAGCUCAAACUGGGUUCCACCUUUCAGUGUCCCUAAGACCUGCUCCGAGUGGAAACACCACGUCAGAGAGAAGCCC